UGAAAAGAGUUCAACGAUCUAGCUAAUUUAGGAAAAAGGGGACGAAAAUAUCCCAAAGAUGGGUGUCCUAACCGACGAUGCCAAAGUCAAGCCUGUCUGUCAGUCGGUCCGGGAGUCAGCAUCAUUGCGGCACUCUGCUGGGCUAUCUCGUCCACAUAAUACAGUCCGCUUCACUCAGUGCCACGCCCAACUAUCGUCCCCGUCUUGAUAUCCUGUAACAUGCAAAAUCGAUGUUGCAUUAGUAAUUUGCAGUUCAGUUCUCUAGUCACGUGACUAAUUGAUAACAGUUUAUGGGACAUAGGUGGAACAAAAAUGCAAUUAGAGAGGCAUAGUGUUGGUGAAAUAUUUAUUGUGUCUGCCCCCAUAACUUGUGUUAGGUCCCCACUGGCGGUUCGGACAUAGGAUUUUUUUGAUUUGGCAAUAGAUACAAAAUCUGAGGCUUCGAAUGAAAUCCUAUCGGUUGCCCCACAGUCAAAAAUCCAAUGAGGGUCUUUUUGGCCGGAAUUGGAUGUGGAGGAACAGGCUAAGGCGUCGAAAGAGUUGCGACAUGGUAUGGUGGGGUUGUUUUCGAGGUUUGUGGAAGACUGGGGUGAUUUGCAAAGUUCUUGCAAAUGAGGGGUCUAUUUGUAAUUUUCGUGUCAUGUGGGGGUCGGUUUUGAUUUGUUGCUUUCUGCGGGGGUGAAAUUGGUAUAUGUGAGAGUUUGGGGAUUGAAAUUGAAGGGUCUUUUUUCUGUGGGGUAGAUUAUGGAAUAGUUGAGGGUUUGGGGAUGGAUUGUGAGAGGUAUUUCUCCGGUGGGGUGAAAUUUGGGAAAAAUGAGGGAUUUGGGGUGGUUUUGUUAUUUGUGGGAGUUGGGCGUAUAAGUUGUGACUGGCAUAAGUUUUAUCGACAUAUGAUGACAGAAUGUGAGACGCUAAUAAUUUAGAGCGUAGAUUCCGUCAUUUAUUUAUUAGCUGUCUUUUUCUUAGUACGUAUGUACGACGCCACGCCCCACGCACAAUUUCUUAAUUCACCGACGCCACUUUCUCCUUAAAAAUUAAAUCCAAAUUCAACUCUUCUAUAUUUUCAAUUUUCUAAAUUUAAUUUCAAAAACCCCAUAAUCACGUAGCUCUGUACCUAUAAAUACCACCCUCCUCUACUAGGCUAAACUUCUUUCGCCAGCUUUUGCAUCUGCACCUACGAUUGGUUUCUCAUCGGAGCUUCUGAUUUGUGAUUUAGAGAUUUUAUACACUUUUUUUUAAUUGGAUUUCCAGAAUUUGAGAUCUUUUUCGAUAAGGUUAUGAGGGUUUUAAUCUAACAUAGGCCAUGCUGAUGCAUAAGAUUAGAAUUCUUCACUCAUUUUCGGUAGUUUUUCUCUAUUGGUUCUAUGAAUUUGCACGCUAAGCCCUAAUUUUGUUCUGUUGUAGUAUCACUUUCAUUUCAUUUUUUUAUUGCUUUCUUCAAUCAUUCAAUUCCCGAUAUUAGCGGAUUAGAUCCAGUGAAAACUGCUAUAGGGGUUAGUAAAAAUUACUCUUUGAUUGUAAAUAACAUUUGAGGAAUGGCUUCAAAAAAAUUGCCAACGAGCCCGGGCUCUGAUUGUGAUGAAAGAAAAAGGAAGCGCAAGCUGUCUAAUCGCGAAUCAGCUCGUAGAUCUCGGAUGAAGAAGCAGCAACGCUUGGAUGAGCUGAAUGGAGAGGAGGGCCGGAUAAAGGAGGAGAACAAGAAGCUGAUUCAGAUGAUUGAUGCCACUACUAAUCUGCACUUAGACGUUGCAUCCAACAAUAAUGUGCUGAGGGCUCAGAUUUCCGAACUCACUGACCGCCUCAAGUCGCUCAAUUCUGUACUUCAGAUUGCAUCUGAGGUGAGUGGCCUCAUGAUUGAUAUUCCGGACAUCCCGGAUACAUUGCUCGAGCCGUGGCAGCUGCCUUGCCCGAUUCAGUCUGCCCCUGCUUCUGUUGAUAUGUUCCAAUGCUGAAAUGGUUGUGCCGUUGUGGAUGAAGUUUCUAAUUGUGAAGUUGAUGUUGUACUUGCCCUCUUACUAUUAGGUGUAAUCUCUUAUUUUGGUCCUACAAUUGUUAUCUCAACAAAGAUUAGGUUGUGUUUGAAUUUGAUCAUUUGCACUGUUCUUAUGGAAUCUAUUAAAUUAAGUUCGUCUUCUUUAUGCUA